GACUAUGAACAUUAUACGAAAGUUAAACUUUUACAAUAGUUAUCUAGUGAGAAAGAAAAGUGUAUCCCCAAAGAUGAAGAUUGACAAAAUGGCUACUAUAAUCCCUUGUGGCCAUGAAAAGUCUUAUGUGAAAGCUGCAGACUUAUUAUCAAAAGGUUAUGUUAUAGCUGUGCCUACUGAUACAAUAUAUGGCUUAGCUUGUAGUGCAAACUGUCCAGAGGCAAUAAAAAAGUUGUACACCAUCAAAGGAAGGGAUUCAGCCAAGCCUGUAGCUAUAUGUGUUACAUACAUAACAGAUAUAAGAAAAUGGGGUGAAUCGUCACAUCUAAAUGAUGAAUUACUCUGCAGCUUGUUACCUGGGCCUGUCACAGUGGUGUUAGAGAAAACCAAAUAUCUCGAUAAUCCAUAUUUAAAUCCGCACACAACUAAAAUUGGUAUUCGUAUACCAAAUCAUAACUUUAUAAAUAAUGUGACAAAAAUGUUGGAUAAACCAUUGGCGUUAACUAGUGCCAAUUUCAGUAAUGAGUCUUCUACUCUAUGUGUGAAGGAGUUUGAGCACUUGUAUGGAUAUUUGGGUGCUGUUUUUGAUGGUGGUGUUCUGAGCCAAGGUCUGGAGCGAAACAGAACGGGAUCAACAGUUAUAGAUUUGUCUGUAGAAGGUUUAUAUAAAAUUAUAAGGAAGGGAAUUUCUUAUGAUAGAAUUAUUGAUGUAGUUGAAAGACAUGGUCUAACUAGUUUGUAAAUAUAUAAACUUUGUACAAAAUGUGUAUUAAAUAAUUUCAGUAA